CUUGUCACUUUUCAGAACAUGAUUUGUUAAGUCAAACUUUCUUUUAUUAGAUUAUCUAUAAGUUAUUCUACAACAAAAGCAAACAUUCUUCAUAAACAUUAUUAAUUCAGUCACCGGAAUUUACUGAAUUCAAUAAGAAACUGGUAAUAAUUUUUUAAAGAUGUCACCAUGGAACUUUCACGUGCUCCAGUUUAUGAAUCAAAAACAAUUUUAUAAAUUCUAUUUGAACAAUAUGGAAAAGUUAUGUUUGUGAUAAUCCUAUUGUGAAGUAAUGUGGUAUGAUGGAAUCCAUUCGAAAGUGGUUGUAUAAACCUAAGAAAGAUGACAAGUCACUAUUGGCACAAUUUUUUUAUGCUGAUGAAGAUCUCAACAUUGUCGCCAAUGAGUUAGAUAGUUUUGACGGUAGAAAGGACCCGGAAAGAUGCACCACCUUAGUCAAUCAAUUGCGGCAGGCACAAGACAAAGUAUUAACAAUUACCAAUUCCAUCAUGGACGUUUUGAUUGGAGACGAAAGGGCCGACAGAGAUUUUAGGGUCAAAUUUCCUGAAGAUGUGCUCCAGGACAAUCUUGCUGGCCAAUUGUGGUUUGGGGCAGAGUGCCUGGCCGCUGGUUCAUCGAUUAUGAAUAGGGAAUCAGAAAGUACUGUGAUGCGACCAUUGGCGAAAGCAGUGACAAAAAGUCUAGAAAACGUGAGAAACCUUCUUAGAGAUGCGUGUCUUCGAAACAACACUCCGAACGGUCCAAUAAAGCUCGAUUCCAAUGAGCUUGUUACUGAAAUGCUACUAGAGAGCCUCAAAAUAUUCGACAGACUCUUUGCUGAAUUCGAAUUAGCAUAUGUGAGUGCCAUGGUGCCUGUAAAAUCAACUCUGGAGUAUGAGUUGCAAGAGCUCAUAGGGGUUCUGUUUUCAGAAACCUUGCAGAGAGCUCUGAAAAUGAAACUUUUGACCCAAGAAAUGGUGGACGACUGUGAUCCUGCUUUAAUGUUCACCAUUCCUCGUCUAGCUAUUGUCAGUGGCCUUCUAAUUUUUCCAAAUGGACCUUUAUUCAUUGACAAACCUGUCGAAGAAAUGAGUGAAAUGUUCCGACCUUUCCGAACUCUUUUGCAUAAAAUUCGGGAAUUGCUGUGGAUUUUGAACAAAAGAGAAUUGUAUAUGUUGGAAAAAUUAUUAUGUGAUAACGAACAGAUUAGUGACUUAAAAUCGGUUAGUAAUGUAGGUGUUGAUAGCAAUUUGGAUGAUUUUAUCAACCAAUUUUAUACUGAUUACCAUCUUUGUGAAGACUCUUUUUUAAAUUCUGUUUCGACAAGUGCCAAUAAUGUUGGAAGUGCUAGUAAACAAGAAAGUGUUCAAAAGUCUCCUCAACGAAAUUAUGCCAACAUCAUAGAUAUACCCUCAACUUCUGGACAUUUGAUACCUAAAACUGUGUUCCAUCACACCAUCAUUGCAGCAUCAUCAGUGUCUCCUUCUCACAGAAUCCGACAUGAAUCACCUCCUGAUCAUGACUCAUUGGAAGUGAUUUCGGUAGCGGCUGCCACACUUUCUUCCAUUCUUACUACUACUGAUGUGCUGUCCAAUCAGAAGGAAUCAAAACCCACGACACAACUCGAAGACCUAGAAUCUCCCAAUGACUCCGGUAUUUGUACUGAAACUACCAGUUUGGACAGAUCUCCUAGCUUGGAGCUGAACGAGUCUAAAAAGUGCAAUUGUUCUAGUAACUUUGCUUCGGCAACUUGUCCUUGUAAAAAAUCUGCACCUCAGCGGCCCGUCAUAGUUGUCAAGAAUUCACUACGAGCAAAAUCUUGCCACUCACCGGGAACAAGCAAUUCAUCAUCGUUUUCUAUGAAUAAGAAGAAAAUGAAUGAUAGGGCUGCAAGUGGAAUAACCGAUGAAGAUUCUCCAAGCUCAGAAAGCUCUGAAACUUCCUCUUUCCACAGCAUUUGUGCUGAUGAUGAAGAAAUAGCGCUCGCCAUGCAAGCUGCUGAGUUGGCUAGUAGGAAUGAAGUUAGAGCAAAAUUCAGGUCGAGUGAAGAUCUACUUCAUCGGUUAUUUGUCUGUAUUGCUGGUGUGGCAGAUCAGCUUCAAACAAAUUUUGCUUGUGACCUGAGAAAUAUUUUGAAAUCAGUUUUUUUGAUCAACACAUCUAGUCCUGAGUCAGCAAAAACUCUCGAAUCUCCCAGUUUAGACGUCUCUAUUGAAUAUCACCCACCUGAAGGAGAUGUUAUUGAAAAUCAUGAAUUUUCUGUUGACCCCAAUAUUCUGGCCCAAGAAGCUUUAUUCGACACUAAUGUUUUCUUUCAUCUGGAUUCAGAAGAGUGUCCUUCAGAAUAUUCCAACCACCCCAGGCAACUUCAAAGUGAUGAGCGCAGUUUAAGUUCUUUAUCUUCAGACCUGAAUAGGUAUGCAUCCUUACGAGAGGAUAUUGCUAACUUGGCAACCAGCAUCAUUUCUCAAGCUAACGAAACCAAUGGCAGUAGGGAACAGUACGAGGAACAUGACUUCUCGCGACCUCCCGUCUGGAUCCCCGACGUUGAAGCCCCUAAAUGUAUGAGUUGUGGAGCCAACUUCACUGUUGUGAAACGUCGGCACCAUUGCAGAAAUUGCGGAAAGGUAUUUUGUGCCAGAUGUUCGUCCAAUAGUGUUCCGCUCCCUAAGUUUGGUCACAUAAAGCCUGUUAGAGUGUGUAAUAAAUGUUUCAUAUACAACUUAACCCCUUUCACGAUGUAAGGGUUAAGGUUGUUCAAUAAUGUACUUAACUUUAAGACAUAAAUAUUGUUCGAAAAAUACCAAAUGUUUUUCGCAAUUUUGCUUGGUGUGCGUUUCCAUGAAGACUUGCAAUAUUUCUCUCUCAUUAUGACAUUUAUCCAAUAAUCGAAUUUAUCACUUGAUACUUUUUUCAUUGCAUAAUUUUGUAUAUUAAGAGAUUGAUUAGGUUGUGAAUGAGUGAUAUGCAAAAAAUGACUAUUAGAAACCUUCCGGGGAUUACUUUAUUGGAAGUUUUUUUAAUAAGUGACCUUCAUGUUUUUUUUAUUUACCUUCCCGAUUUUGAUGUAUAUAUACAUUUAUUUUUGGAAAUGAAUUGAAACAAUCCAACUUGUUUUUUUACGGUAACUUGGAACCUGCUUAGUCUCAAAUAACUGACAAAAGGGUUCUUCUAUAAUAUUUUUUACAACGAAAGAUCCAAGAAAAAACACUAUCACUUGGAAAAUUCUUCGGCAAAAUCUCAAACCUUAUGAAAUUCUGGUGAGCUAACAAUAAUUAUUUUGAAAUUUUGAUAAUAGAAAUAUGUACAAAGGAGUAAUCUGAUCUUUCUUCAAGUGAGGUUUAGCAAACAAUUCCUGGUUUCAAAAUUGUGAAAUUGGAUCUAACAACUUCUCUUGUACCAACUCAUAAAAUACUUUAGAUAUCAGAAUGGUUUUGAAUUUCAUCAAGUUCCUCCAUAGGGAUCUACAAAAAUAUGUUCGUAUAUUCUAAUAGAUCAUAUUUGCCAAUACAUAUGCAGAUUUGAGACGAAGGUUAAUCUCUGUAUUAUUUUAAUGUUGAAAUACAGUUUGAGAUACUUUCGUCUCAAACAGAGUAACAUAUAUCUACAUAUGUAUUUACAAGUAUGAAUAUGCAAGUUGAAACUGAAACAAUUAUUUCUGUUGAAUCCUGAUGAUGAACUAGACAGAGUUAGGACUGUUGGCGAAAUCACAUAUUUUUUCAUAUUUCGAUCAGGAAACCCCAAUUUGAUUAUUCCGGGAUUACUCUUUCAAAUAUAAAUUUUAAUAUGCCACUUUUCUAUCUAAUAUAUAAUAAAUAGGAAAUAUUUACCUAUUGAAAACACUGUUUCCACACCGAAAAAAAGUCUGUCUCUUGAUCCAUGUUUCUCUAAGUUAGUGACCGAACCCAACUAAUUUAGCAUCAUCAGGAAAUGACUACAACUAAUGGUAACUUGGUUAGCAAAAUGCUCAUUGAGAAACAUUAUUUUUGUUUUGAUCUGGAGAAAAUGCUUUGAGUAGAUUAAUUUUACGCCAGAAGUUCCAAUUCUUCCUGUCAGGAAAUAUUUAUUUUCUCAAAAUUAUGUUGUCUUCACUAACUACAUAUGGAAUUUCCUUUGUCUAAGCUGGCAGUAACUGCGUUUGAUUUUUAUGCUUCAAAUUAUUCUGAAGGUUGAAAUAUCUUGAAAAAACUGUUUUGUCUCUGAGAAUGAUUGCUAUUUUUUCAACAAAAAAAAAUUGAAGUAUCAUGUGUUACUAAAUAUUAGUCAUUUUAUUUACUUUUGGUACUUGUGAAUCAAAGUGUGUCUUGUUUGCUAUCACACUGAUAACUUUUUCCAUUACAGAAGUUGUUAAUUUUUCUACACCAUAUGAAUUGAUAUCAAAUGUAAAAUCUGUCUAUCAUUUCAGUUUUGUUUUUUGGUUCCUGAAGAGAUGGAUAAAGUUACCGAGACUGACUACAACUAUAUAUUUAAUUUUAUAUCUAUCAUAUAUUGUGCUUGUCAAAUGCAGUUGUUUUAUUUAAUAUUUUGGAUCUACUAAAACCUUAUGUGUAGAGCAUUUUUUGAGUCUUUAAGAAAUUUGUUUUUACAUCCCCUUUAUUUUGCAAAAAAUGAAUACAUUUUAGUUUUCAGUAUUAUUUAUACAAUGAAUAACAUUUAUUUCAAUAUACAUAUUACAAACUUUUCAUUUCUUGGAUAACAUAUAUUUUCAGGUCUGUUUCAGAUUUGCAAAUUUUGCAUGAGUACUGAAGAUGCUCUAUACCUCUAAGGUCGAAACUAAUCAUCAUCGCUGUUUCACUUGACACAUGAAUGCAGACUGAAAAUACACAAUAACACCUUUUUUAUGAUAAUAUAUCUUACAUACAUAAUUUCCUUCAAUAAAGUUUCAAUUUAUUCAAGGAUAUUUGUUUAAAAUUCCUGAAAUCUUGAGUAAGUACAAAAAUUAAUGCUCGCUAAUGAAUUUUUGCAGUGUUUUUAAUUAUUGUACUGAAAUCUUUUGUGAUAAACUUGUAUAUUUAUUUAUAAUAUGGUUCAUGGGAUAAUAUGUCCAAUAAAGAUUAUUUUUGACCA